CCUAGCCGAGCUGAAGCAGCGACGCCGGCUGAACAGGAAGUGAGCGCGAAAGGCCUCCGAGGGCCCCCGAGCAGCUCGCGCCGAUCGGACAGUCCGCUGGCGUAGCGGCAGACAGCGCUGCUCGCAGGGCAGCUGAGAGGACGGAGCCAUGGAGGAGGACAUAAGAAAGAAGGGCAUGCUGUACAUACAGCAGCAGAGGUUCGGGAAGAAAUGGAAGAAGGUGUGGUCCAUCAUCUACAGAGAGAGCAGCUGCUCUGUGUCCCGGAUGGAAUUCUUCGAGUUCAAAGACAGCGGGGCAGCUAAUGCGGAGAAGGCUGACCGGACUCUCCGUAAGCAGGAGAACAAGAAAGUGAUCAAGCUGCGAGACUGCAUCCGAGUGUCAGAGGUCCAGGUUGAGAGCUGCCCCAGGGACUGCCAGCCAUUCCUGGUGGAGACCACAGAGAAGAUCUUUCUGUUUGCAGCAGAGAACUCAGAGCUGGAGGGCUGGACUCAAGCACUCUGUGAGAUUGCAUUCCCAAUGAACUGGGCUGAAGCAGGAACAGUGAAACGUGGCAGCAUUCUGCGCUCCAGGCCAGAACUGGUAGAGGCCGCCAUGGAGGACAACACCCUGUAUGGCGCGCGGGAAAGCGUAAUGAAGGACUUCAAGGUGAAUAUAAGGAAGACGGAGGGUUCGGAGAGGUGUCGGCUGCGCGGGAGUUACCUCUUGCGUACGGACUUCAACAGCCUCUUGCUCAAAGACUGCAAGACUGGGGAGGUGCUCUUCUCCUGGCCCUACCGCUUCUUGCGGAGGUUUGGUCGGGACAAGGUGACGUUCUCCUUUGAAGCAGGGAGGAGGUGUGACUCUGGGGAAGGCAACUUUGAGUUUGAGACCAAGCAGGGCAACGUGCUCUUCCAGGCUGUGGAGAGGGCCAUCGACCUUCAGAAGACCAACAUGGGCCCCCAGCGGCAGGCCUCAGGUGGGGUAGAGGCACCCCUGGACAAUGGCUCUGUGUACAGCACUGUGAAUAAUGUCCAGUCCAAGGACAGCCAUCCACUGCCCUCAGGCACCCGUCCUCGUCUGGAGGUGCCCACCGACAAGGUACUCACUGGGGUCAAGAGCCUAACCCUUGACACCAGGCCACCACCCCACAAGAGCCAGGUGAAGAACAUCUCAAGCUGCCCACUGAUGAUUUCUGAAGACCAGACGUACUCUCAAAUCUCAAUGCCCAGGGAGCAGGUGGAGAGGCUGGAGCACACAGAAGACACCUCUUCCCCUAGGUCAAUCCGCAAGCACGGCUCCCAGGAUUCGGAGUACUCUCUUCCCUUUGACUCAAUUGCAAAGAGCUUCAUGGCUACCAUGUGGCUCAAGCUUGACGAUAAGGGCUGUGAGAGAGAGGUCUGUGUUGAUUCUGAAGAGGUAUCGGAUCCCCUCUACGACUCCAUUGAUGAAUCAGCUGUCAGAGCUGCCAUCAGAGUCAGGUCUGAGAGCAAGAAGCCUACCUUCGGCAGACCAGACCACAUCUAUGAUGAGCCAGAAGGUUGUGCUAUAGCUGCUGACAGGGGUCCUUCUUCUCUUUAUGACAACCCGACGGAAGUCAUAGGGCAUGCAUGGAAAUUUCAGGGGUCAGAAGACCCAAGUGGCCAUGAGUAUCCAUACAACCCUCACAUUGAUGACUAUGCUGUGCCUAAACCACCUAGGAAGGUUCUCCCUGACCCACCUGAGGAUGAAGAUGAUGAAGAAGUGAAUGAUGUCUCCCCAUACGACAAUGUGAUGCUAAAAAUUAUGGAGAGGGGGAACAGAUAAUACCUAAAAACCAAAUUUUCCGUGAAAGUGAACCAUAUUUCUGUAAGGGGAAGCUGCAAAUGUUUAAAAGACUGUGAACUUGGGCAAAAAAGCUCUAAGUGAACCCGUGUUACAGUAAGAAGUAUGAACUCGCCUCGACUGUCCCAAAGGACGCGUGCUUCACUUCCUGCUCCUGCAGGAUGAGAAUGAGCAGCAUCCGUACGGGGAGACGCUGUACAAAUGUUACAGCUAUAUAGCCCCAAUUUCAGUUCUCAGAGAAGAAAGCGUGAAUUGGAACAUUUCCUUUUAGCAGCAAGGGAGAAUAUAUCCCUCCUUCUGAACAAUCCUCCACAGAUCCAGCAUGGCCAAGCUUCUGAUUGCUGUCAGCAAAGUGAUGGAUGUGUACCAACUUCAAACCACUUUACAACAGAACACACAGCUGUUUUAUCACAGAACUAUCACAAAAGAUCACAGAAUGUCUUUUCCUGUGGCGUCUACGUGCACCAGGGGAGAAUCCAAAAGGUUUUUUUUUUUUUUUCAAAACUGGAAAGCUGCAAAAAGGAUCAAUAUUUUUUGAAAUUCGUUUUUUUUUUCAUAUCAAUAAUGCAUUUUCUGUGUUUUUUCCUGCGCAAUCACUUAUUUAUUACGGAUGAUUCAGCUACUAAGAAGUGAUCCCGUUCAUGCGGUUUUUGAACUGAAACCUGCCCUUUCCUGAGAUGUUCGCCGAAUGCGUGGAACAGCUCGUGCCAACCCUUUGUGACGUUUACGGUAUGUUUAUGUAUAAAACAAACAGCCUGAAGUGAUGCACAAAGAUGUUCACAUCUGUCAUGAUGAGGCCUCCCUGGUGUGAUGCUACAGCUGAAAGCGUGUUUCGAGUUAUCUUAUUAGCCUGUACAGUGAGCUUAACAAAAGCACCCCUAUCACAAAGGCAUACCUCCAGAGAAAGAGCUGUUUUACAGCUUUUAAAUGAAAUGUGUGACCUUCCAUCUGUGUAAUUUCUGUCCCUCACUUUUAUUUUCAUGGAUGACUGUAACAAGGGGCAGCUUGAUAAAUUUAAAGGGUAAUUCUGAGUAAAUUAAAGCAAUUUGCAUUGUAGAAAUGAAUUACCAGUUAUUAAAUGGGUUACACACAUGUCAACAACACUAUUAAUCAAUAGUAGUGGGAGUUGAGGAGCUGCUUCCUUGAGCUCCGCAUCAACAUUAAAUAAUGACGGCGAGGGCCUCUGCUGCGGAAAUGGCCGGGACCUUGGCGGAGGAAGAAUGAAGGUGUCACAGUGCCCCAUUCAUUCCUCUCUUCCGCUGUGUCCUUCCUGACCCCCUCCUGACCAAUCUCCCAGAAUGCCUUAUCCAGUCACACUUAUCUCGAUGAAAUGGGAUGUCUGGACGAUUAAAGUUGCU